AAUAAUAUCCUAAUUAUAACACAAAAUAGAAGAUAUACUCUAUUUUAGUAUUUCACCACUAGAAAGAAUGAAGAAUCUUUAACCAUAGUCCAAAUCGGAUUCUGGUACUAGUACUUCUACAUUAGCACGAAUCAAUCAAUCAUCAAAUUUACACAUCUUUCCCCACAAAAUCAAUACCCAGAAUUUUGCAGCAAAGAAAGAGAGAGAAAACAUCAGAAAAACAGGCUAAGUACAGACUGGUUCAAGAUUGAAUAUGAGUCUCGCCUGUCUUGUGUGCCAUGGUGUAGAAAGCCCAUCACAUUCAUUCAGAAGUUACUCUGUCUCUAGCUCAGACAAUGAUGGGCGAUGUUCAGCUAUGGCUAACUGCUUGAUCGGGAAGCUUUCUGUUCCUCCUCCUCGGGGAAACUCAGUCAUGUCAUCAUCUAAAGUGACUCCGCAGCCAGAUUUAUCAAACCGUGUUGAUAUUACAGGCACUCCACGACUAAUUAGGAGCCGUGCUGUUAGAAGGGACCAAGUCAGAGACUGGAACUUCGAGGUGAUCGAGCUAGAGCAGUAGUUUAGCUAAUAUGACCAAGAGAAUAGGCUGCUUCUCUGGAAUUGUGUUUAGAUAUAGUUAGACUCCCCCUUCUCCUCUACUCUCUAGUUAUUCUCCCACUGUUAACAAUUUUUCCCACUAGCUUCUAAAUGUAACUGAAUCUGGUUAGAGUAAUGUUCGUCUUUUCUUUUUUCCUUUUUCAGGAUGACUGUAUUGGGUCGUGGUGACCCAUUUUCAUACAUGAAAUCUUGUGCAUAUUAAUAUCAUAUAUAUCAAUAGUAUUACUUGUUUUACAA